AAGCGGAGAUUGCCGCGGCCAAAGUGCCAAACCCUCACCAGGGCCUCAGCCCCUCAACUCGGUCACUCACUCUCUUCCUCUCCCUCCCUCUCUCUCUCUCUCGGAUCAAUACUCGGUACCCAAACCCCCAUUUCCCGAAUACAAAAAGAAAAUAAACGAAGAAACAAGGAGAUAGAAUCAGUAGAUGUAGAUCUCACUUCUCUUCUCCGCCAUCUUCCCUUUCUCAAGCCCCUCCGGAGUAAGCAUAACAGGAAACUUUGGUCAUUUUCACCGCUCGGUUUCUGUCUAGAAUCGGACGCCAUGGGACCCGGCGAGACGAUAUUCCGGUCGCCACUCGAUAAACCCCUCGACCAACUCACAGAAGAAGACAUCUCCCAGCUCACGCGUGAAGAUUGCAGGCGCUACCUCAAAGAAAAAGGCAUGCGUCGUCCUUCGUGGAACAAAUCUCAGGCAAUCCAGCAAGUAAUCUCGCUCAAGUCGCUGCUUGAGACGAGGACUGAUUCCGGUGCCGGAAUCCGGCAAAAGUUGGUUUCCAAGGCAGUAGAUGAUCUACCCCACCUCCCUACAACUCCCACCGAGUCGCCCAAAGAAACGAGCGCCGACUUCCAGGUUUCUGUAUCGGCAGAUGAAUCGGUUUCGUUUCGGCGAGAAGACCCCCCCAAACCCGCGGUUUCCGGUGAUGUAUCGUGCCGUCUCCCGGUGGCGGACAAUGACACCACUUCUACCAGGAACACAGAUGUGAAGAAUAAGCAGCCAGCUGGACAGAUGACUAUUUUCUACUGUGGCAAGGUGAACGUCUAUGAUGAUGUUCCCAUUGAAAAGGCACAAGCAAUCAUGCAACUUGCAGCAAGUCCCAUCUGUCUGCCUCAGGAUACUGCAUCUGCUGGAAUUAGAGCAAUUUGGCAGUUUCCUUUCCAUUUCCAGGCAACAUGUGUCAAACCAGGAACACCUCCCACAGCAAUCCCUUCAACCCUGCACAGUGCAAAAAUAGUGGAAAAUUCUGGACAGCAUAGGGAAGAAGAAAACAUGUUUCGCCAAGCUGAACCUGGGAUUCUGAGUUGGCAUGAACACAUUUCUGUAUUGCACCAGUCAUUUAGCCCGUGCAGGUGGCCUUUUAUUUGAUCAUGCACUGUGUUCUUGAUGGAUUGAAAUUCCAUGCUGAAAAAGUCCUCAUUGAGUAUAACAAAGAAGAUGGAUUCAAGUGGGUUCAACUUGACCCAGCUUGGGGUCCGAUGACUUGUUGCUGCUCGAGUGGGUCUCACUCAACCAAGGCCGGCGGCUCUAGCCCAUGCAGCUGGCCUUUUUAUUUGACUAUGCAUCAUUUACUUGAUGGAUUGAAAUUCCAAGCUUAAGGAACAUAACUUCACAAUUAAAACAGAAGAAAGUCUCAGAAGGUACCACUUAUCCGAGCUUGUGGUCCAACAGGGGUCUGCUGCUCAAGUAGGUCCCACUUGACACAGGGCAGCAGCCCUAGGCACUGUUUCUUUCGGAUACAAAGGAACAAGACUCAUGUUUCUAGUGGAUACUUUUGGGAUACAAUUGCCUUGGAAAAUAGUUUUGCAGUGUCUACUACUGUUAAUUGUUUUUUGUUUUUUUGGGUCUUUUGUCUUCUUUCUUUUCUUAUAUGGUGGAGCAGAUUUUAAGAUGUUUCUGUAGUGUUUAUAUUAAAGUAAUUCUUUAUGGAUUUUAUGUUGAGGUAAAUGUUAUAGCUGAAAUUCUUGUUUCCACAA